CUCCCAGUCUGACUGAAAUGAGUCCAUUAGAAGUGAGUGCGAGGAAGCGGUUGUUACAAGCUGGUGGCAGAUCGUGUGGGUUUACUACAGAUUUACCUGUCCUGAAGUGUCUAAAGGAGUUUGUAAUACGAAGACAAGAAGCAUGGACAAGGAGGUGGUGAGCACGGGUGAUGCCAAAUUGGACGAGGCUGUUGUACAGUGGUUGAGAUUAGAUAAGAACCCCAAGACCUUGGCUGCAGUGCAGAAGAUGGUGAAAGAUGGUGCACUGGAGGAGCUGCAGAAGUGUUUUGGGGCCCGGAUGGAGUUUGGGACAGCGGGGCUGAGGGCCGCCAUGGGGCCUGGUGUCUCUUGCAUGAACGAUCUGACAAUCAUCCAGACCACCCAAGGCUUCUGUGCCUAUCUGGAGAAGAGCUUCCCGGACCUGAAGGAAAGGGGUGUUGUUAUUGGCUUCGAUGCUCGGGCACACCCAGCCAGCGGGGGCUGCAGCAAGAGGUUUGCAACUCUAGCUGCUACAGUCAUGAUAAGCCGUGGUGUUCCUGUUUACCUCUUCCACGACAUCACGCCUACGCCGUUUGUGCCUUUUGCUGUUUCCCACCUGUCUCUCUGUGCUGGAAUCAUGGUAACAGCAUCCCAUAACCCCAAACAGGACAACGGCUACAAGGUGUACUGGGAGAAUGGGGCCCAGAUCAUUCCCCCUCAUGACUGUGGGAUUGCCAGUGCCAUCAGUGAGAACCUGGAGCCUUGGCCGCAAUCCUGGGAUGAGAACUUGGCCCUCAACAGCCUGCUGCUGAAGGAUCCCUAUGAGGACAUGUGCAGGGAAUACUUCAAGGCAGUUCAGCAGCACUGCUUCCACAGGGAUCUCAACAAGAGCUCAGAAGUGAAGUUCGUCCACACUUCUGUCCACGGAGUGGGACACACUUUUGUCCAGUCUGUGUUUAAGGCCUUUGACUUGUGCCCUCCCUUUGCUGUGGUGGAACAGAAAGACCCUGACCCUGAGUUCCCCACAGUAAAGUACCCCAACCCAGAGGAAGGGGAGGGUGUGCUGACACUGUCCUUUGCUUUGGCCGAAAAAGAAGGGGCCACUGUGGUUCUGGCCAAUGACCCUGAUGCAGAUCGCCUGGCAGUGGCGGAGAAGCAGAAGAGUGGCCAGUGGAGGGUCUUCUCUGGCAAUGAGCUUGGUGCCCUCUUGGGCUGGUGGCUCUUCCGCUGCUGGAAGGAGAGGCAUCCAGAGCCAGCUGCUCUUAAGGAUGUCUACAUGCUGGCCAGUACCGUGUCCUCCAAGAUCCUGAGAGCCAUUGCACUUAAGGAAGGAUUCCACUUCGAGGAAACCCUAACUGGCUUCAAGUGGAUGGGCAACAGGGCCAAGCAGUUGUUGGACCAGGGAAAGACCAUGCUGUUUGCCUUUGAGGAGGCCAUAGGCUACAUGUGCUGCCCAGCUGUGUUGGACAAAGAUGGUGUCAGCGCAGCUGCCAUUACUGCGGAGCUCACGUCUUACCUAGUGACACAGGGUACCACCCUCACCCAGAAACUCAAUGCCAUCUUUGAUGAGUAUGGCUACCACAUCAGCAAGAACUCCUACUUCAUCUGUCACGAUCAGGACAUAAUCCAGCAGCUGUUUGAGCGACUGCGCAACUACAUCGGAAAGGACACAUACCCCAAGGAGUGUGGGGAGUUUGCAGUAUCUGCAGUGCGGGACCUUACGACCGGCUACGACAGCAGCCAGCCGGAUAAGAAAGCUACGUUGCCUACCAGCAGGAGCAGUCAGAUGAUAACUUUCACCUUCUCCAAUGGGGGUGUGGCUACUAUGAGGACCAGUGGGACUGAGCCUAAGAUCAAGUACUACACUGAACUGUGUGCUGCACCUGGGAACAGUGAUGUGAAACAGCUGAAGGCAGAGCUGGACAACUUGGUGGAUGCCAUUGUGCAAUAUUUCUUUGAACCAGAGAAGAACAAGUUAAAACCAAGGCCAGAGUAACAGUUGUAGUACACAGUGUGCCUGUAUUAGCUGCCAUCAACAACUGUAUACCUGUAACAGAAAUGCCUUUAAUUCAUUUACCUUUCAUACCAGGAUCUUUGUCAACCGAGCAAUUGUAGAGAAUGGACCAGUAUUUUUUUAUUUUUAAAAAUUUGAUUGUAUUUCGCACAGGUUGUGUUUCAGGUGACCUGUCUUAACAUGUCUUAAAAAUUCUGCAGUUUUAAGUCCUGAUAAUAUGUAGCUUUUUGCAGGAAUUGCCACAAAAAUUGCAUUGUCUUAGUAAUUUGCCCUCUGUGUUCAAUUAAUAAUUGGACUGGGUGUGGUUGACAGAGGAUAAAUAUAUUUCUGGAAGUGCAAAUUAAAAGGAACUCAGUAUCUAGUUACUAUACUUUUCCUGGUAUUUUCCUAUUUGUACAGCUGAAUUGACAUGUUUCAGUUUCAGGUCUUACAAAAUGGAUCCUUGAAAUUUAACAUCUUGUAAAAUCACUCUUGUGAAAUAUAUUGCCCCUUUUUAAUUUGGCCCCUGCUGCACAAUAUUUGUUCAUAACUUUAGUAGAACAUGUCCAACAUGUCUGCAGACUUUCACGUAGUCACAUCUUUUGUGCAAAAAGUCCAUUUUGACAAGAAUUAAAAUAUAUCCUCAGUUUCCGUUUUAAGCAUUGUGAGGUUUACUAAGUUUGCAUUGCAUCAUUCACAAUUUGUAUUGUGUGGAUGUUUCUGUAAACUCCAGAAUAAGAGAUCAACAAUAUGCAGAUUUGUAACUGCAUACAAUAUAAAGACAGUAAUCUGAAAUGAAACAUUCCAUUAGACUUAUUAUUACACACUGUUCUAUUACUGCACAAAACAGUUUCUGUGCAGGCAGGAAGUCCUCAUUAUUUAGCUUUAUAUUAGUAAAUAAAAGGUUUUCAUGUAAGUGGAAUUCAGCAGCAAGAGCAGUACUAAAUUCAAUACUGGAACUAAACAAAUUUUGCAAAGAAGUCAUUUGAACACUUUAAUUCAUGACUUUGUAGAGAGCAGAACUGUUAAAGCAGGUCUACAACAUUUUUAAUUGCACUUUAAUCAAAAGCCAAUAGAGUGAGUUGGAAUAUACUUUUUUUUUUUUUUCUACCUUUCCUAUGCCUGUACUUGUUAGAGUAAUUUAACCAUUUAAAAUAGGCUUCCCUUUAUAGAUAUCUCGAUGUUUUAAAUAAAGAUGA